AUGGUUCUAGGCAUUGCAAUGAUGGCAGGCAUGCUACCCACUAUGAUUGGGCUAAACGAAGCAACCAAGGGGGCUCGGGACCGCGAGGAAAGUCGCAGGGAGGAUGCCCGAAGAACUCGAACCCACUUGAUGGCUGUAUGUGAUGUCGAUGAAGGAUCCCUAGCCCAACGGCAGCAGGUGCACAAUGCCAAGAUCUACUUGGGACUGGAUCGUAGGAUCUACAUUACCAAAGACCCAAAUUCCACCCUAUCCCCAUUUAAUGGACAUUUCGAAAACCACCCUUCUUUUGAGGAAGACAACACGGCGGGACUUAUCUCAAUGAGUGGGGAAGACAAGCCACUGGCAAGAUGGGUGUUUCUUGAUUCAGAUACGAAUGAAAUGAGAUGGGGAGGGCGGCAGGAUAGUGACGGUCAUGUCUGUGGGCCGUUUGACCUGACCGAUGACGAACAGUAUAUUACUCUGGAAGAUGACCAGAGAUGGCUGGCUGUACGGUUGCCGGAAUACUCUCAAGAGGGCCACGAGACCAAGCCCUUGGGGAUCGUUGAUCAUGAUAAUACUGCGGCUACCUGGAGACUCUAUUUUGACCGCGGUGGCGGUGCCUACUUACCCGCUGGGGCUGAAAUGAUCAGGAUCUACUUGAAGCGAACUCCAGCGGAUUCCUGA